UUGAGGUAGAAAACUGAGAAAUUCCUCUUCAAAGGAUUCUCACUGGUGAGCUAGGGUCGUGCCCUAGGCUUCACUCUGCUUUUUUUGCUUCACAGGAUCGGGAAAGGUUUGUGUUCCCGAAGCCUUAGGAGUUGUCACAGGCUAAGGAGAAGGGAUCUCAGUCUCUAGGAAGGGUCGCUCUCCUAGAGACAGCUACUAUCGUAUCUCAGGAGACUCUGGUGUUUCUAGAGCAGGCUUUGCUUUCACCAAAUCCAAGGAGGUGACAGGAGGAGUCCCUGCACAGGACCUAAGGAUGCUGUGACCAGAAGAUGGGAUCACGGAACAGCAGCAGCGCAGGAACUGGGUCCGGAGACCCCUCCGAGGGCUUGCCCCGAAGAGGGACUGGCCUGCGUAGGAGUGAGGAAGAGGAAGAGGAGGAUGAAGAUGUGGAUCUGGCCCAGGUACUGGCCUAUCUCCUACGCAGAGGCCAAGUGAGGUUGGUGCAGGGAGGAGGUGCAGCAAAUUUACAGCUCAUCCAGGCCCUCUCGGACUCGGAGGAAGAGCAUGACAGUGCCUGGGAUGGUCGUCUUGGAGACCGAUACAACCCACCCGUGGAUGCAACCCCUGACACCCGGGAGCUGGAAUGCAAUGAGAUCAAGACACAAGUGGAAUUGGCCACAGGGCGGCUGGGGCUUAGGCGGGCAGCCCGGGAGCACAGCUUCCCUCAAAUGCUGCACCAGAGAGAACGGGGCCUCUGCCACCAGGGAAGCUUCUCCCUUGGAGAACGGUCUCGAAUGAUGUCUCACUUCUUGCCCAAUGAUCUGGGCUUCACUGAUACCUACUCUCAGAAGGCUUUCUGUGGCAUCUACAGCAAAGAUGGUCAAAUCUUCAUGUCUGCUUGCCAAGACCAGACAAUCCGACUGUAUGACUGCCGGUAUGGCCGCUUUCAUAAAUUCAAGAGCAUCAAGGCCCGGGAUGUAGGCUGGAGCGUCUUGGAUGUGGCCUUCACCCCUGAUGGGAACCAUUUCCUUUACUCCAGCUGGUCUGAUUACAUUCAUAUCUGCAACAUCUACGGGGAGGGAGACACACAUACUGCCCUGGAUCUAAGGCCAGAUGAGCGUCGCUUUGCUGUCUUCUCCAUCGCUGUCUCCUCAGAUGGGCGAGAAGUGCUAGGAGGGGCCAAUGAUGGCUGCCUGUACGUCUUUGAUCGAGAACAGAACCGACGUACCCUUCAGAUUGAGUCCCAUGAGGAUGAUGUGAAUGCGGUGGCCUUUGCUGACAUCAGCUCCCAAAUCCUGUUCUCCGGGGGGGACGAUGCCAUCUGCAAAGUGUGGGAUCGACGCACCAUGCGGGAGGAUGACCCCAAGCCCGUGGGUGCGCUGGCUGGACAUCAAGACGGCAUCACCUUCAUUGACAGCAAGGGAGAUGCCCGGUAUCUCAUCUCCAACUCCAAAGACCAGACCAUCAAGCUCUGGGAUAUCCGACGCUUUUCUAGCCGGGAAGGCAUGGAAGCCUCUCGCCAGGCUGCCACACAGCAAAACUGGGACUACCGCUGGCAGCAGGUGCCCAAAAAAGCCUGGCGGAAGCUGAAGCUCCCAGGGGACAGCUCCUUGAUGACCUACCGGGGCCAUGGGGUGCUGCAUACCCUCAUCCGCUGCCGAUUCUCCCCCACCCAUAGCACCGGCCAGCAAUUCAUCUACAGUGGCUGCUCCACUGGCAAAGUGGUCGUGUACGACCUCCUCAGCGGCCACAUCGUGAAGAAGCUGACCAACCACAAGGCCUGUGUGCGUGACGUCAGCUGGCACCCCUACGAGGAGAAGAUUGUCAGCAGUUCGUGGGACGGGAACCUGCGUCUGUGGCAGUACCGCCAGGCUGAGUACUUCCAGGAUGACAUGCCAGAGUCUGAGGAACACCUGAGCACCCCUGCCCCAAUGUCCCACCCCUCUACAGCCUUUUCCUCGCCCCAGUAGAUCUGACUUCCAGCCCCAUUCAUGGGGGACACGGCUUCGAGCCCUGGUCCAGGAAGAUCCCACAUGCCAUGGAGCAACUAAGCCCGUGCGCCGCAACUACUGAGCCUGUGCUCUAGAGCCCGCAAGCCACAACUGCUGAGCCUGCAUGCCACAACUACUGAAGCCCGUGCACCUAGAGCCCAUGCUCCGCAACAAGAGAAGCCACCGCAUUGAGAAGCCCGCACACCGCAACGAAGAGUAGCCCCCGCUCACCACUACUAGAGAAAAGCCCGCGCGCAGCAACGAAGACCCAAUGCAGCCAAAAAUAAAUAAAAUAAAUUUUUUAAAAAAGAAAACUUUAUAAAUUCCAUUUGAAAAUAAAUGCAUUUCCAAUACAAUUUUAGUUUAUUAUUAAUUAUCAAACUGUGAAAUGUUUGUUGUACAAAUAAUACAUUUUGUACUAACAAUUUUGAAAUUUGUACUAGUAAAAAAUAGGAAAUUCAGUACAGAAAAAAAAGUUUAACCUUGUGAUCACAGGAAAUGUGUAAAAAUUGUUUCAAAUUAUCUACUCCUUUUGGCAGAGAAGUGUGAUCAAUCAAAGACUUUCAGGCAUAAAAACAUUAGGAUAAUUUCAGUGGGGAAAGAAUGGAAAUGUUAUUUCUGACUCUUAAGAUCUUGUCACAUGUUUUUAAAUGAAAAACGGUGAGGCAUAUAAUCACUGUAGUGUUUAGAUUCCAUUGGAUAUAUUUAAAAGAGUGAAAAAGAUAGCUUUACUUUUGAAAUGUCAACAUAUACGAUACACUGGAAAUUAUGUC